AUGCCAAUGAUAGAUGAUGAGCCAAUCAAAGGUAGAUUUUUCAAGGUCUUCACCUUAAAGCAUGGGAAAAAAGAAGUAGAUGGUGCUAAAGUAUUAGCAGUUGUAGAGCCUUUAGACGAAAAAAAUAUGAAAAUAUUUUGGAAAAUGCUAAGUAGAGGCUUCAUGCCUAUAGGUAGAAUGUCAUAUAUGACUUACCCAAAAUAUAUCGAUACUCCAGGUUAAAGAUCUAGCAAAUAAAAAAAUCUACUAAAUCCAAGAUUCCAAGAUAUAAUGAAGACAUUUGUAGGAUGGUUUCAUUUUGCUGACGAGCCUGAAGAAUAUUUGGACCCCAAAGUGCCUAGGAUAAUGCUACCUAACUCUGAUACAGAAUGGGCAGUCAUUGAUAAAGUACUAGGAGAUAAAUAUGUAUUACCUAAGCUUGAAGAAAAAAUUUAUGAUGUCAUGAUCUAAAUACCAGAUACUAAUUCGACAUAAGACAAUAUCUGGAUUGAAGAGUACAAAAACUGGAACUUAGCUGUUAAAUGUAUGGAAUAAAUUAUAGAGAAAACUAAUCUGACAAUAUUUCUAUCGGGAAAAAAGAUUCCAUCUCAUUUAAAUUAUACUGAUAGGAUACAUUGGGAACCAUAUUUUGAUAAGUUCUAUUAAUUCGCUAAUUUUUUCGAUAAAGUAAAAGUUGUGCUGAUAACUGCAACUUCUGAUGCUUCUCCGAGAAUUAUAACAUAGGCUUUGUUUUUAAAUGCUACUGUAGUAGUAAACAACAACAUAAUUGGGGGUAAGCAUUACAUUAAUGAUUAAACUGGAGGUAUCUUUUAAAGCGAGAAUGAUGUUGCUGAAGUUCUUACUAGAUUACUAGACAAAUACAAUAAACAAUAAAUUGAUCCAAGAUCAUGGUAUCAGGAAUUUUAGAAAGAUAAAAAUAACAGAAUACAAAGCUUUAUUUGGAUGCUGAGAGAGCAAAACUGGUAUGAUUAUGAUGAUUAUGAAUUCACUUGA